AAUGUGAUAUUUCUCCAAAGUCAAACUAUUAUAUAGCAGUACCAACUGUCCUUCCCCCUCCAUCGCGCCAUGUCCAGUACAUAACCCUACCGUCACGCGCUACUGAGCUCUCCCCACCACACGUACUCCAACCAAUCAGAGCAGAGGUGGAACUCUGAUCUACAAGCAUAUAAGGGAGGCAGAGUCACCGUUGCGUCAUUCUGGUUUGGGAGUUUGAACGGAGCGUACUUUAUCGUCGGUGACAUGGCUCGUACUAAACAGACUGCUCGUAAAUCUACGGGUGGAAAGGCUCCACGGAAACAGUUAGCUACCAAAGCUGCUCGUAAAAGUGCGCCUGCAACGGGAGGAGUGAAGAAACCUCAUCGCUAUAGACCUGGAACUGUAGCUCUCAGAGAAAUUCGAAGAUACCAAAAGAGUACGGAGCUCUUAAUCCGUAAAUUACCUUUCCAACGUCUCGUUCGUGAGAUAGCACAAGAUUUCAAAACGGAUCUUCGUUUCCAAAGUUCUGCUGUGAUGGCUUUGCAAGAAGCCAGCGAAGCUUACCUUGUUGGACUUUUCGAAGACACUAACUUGUGCGCUAUUCAUGCCAAACGAGUUACAAUCAUGCCAAAAGACAUCCAACUUGCUCGCCGUAUUCGUGGAGAAAGAGCUUAAGAGUUUUAAGAUCUACCUUUUAUAAUCAUCGGCCCUUUUUAGGGCCCAA